AUGAUACUAUAUAAAAUCACCAAAUGCAAAUAACUCCUCCCUCCCAGACCAAUUCAAUUUCUAACGUCCAUGAAAACAAACCGAAUUUCCCACCUUUUAUCUCUCUCCCCCAAAUUUCUCCUCUCCAUUCAUCUUCUCCGCCUCUAUUCUCUCUGCCACCAACACGAACCCUAUUCUCCCUUUUCUCCAUUUUCCAACCAAUUUCUCGUUUUUUCUCUUUCUCUAUCCAUUCUUGCAUUUCUUUUUCGGGUAAUGGGUUAUUCUUUUCAAUAGUCACAAAAAAAAAAAAAAGAAUACUUAAUUAGAAACAAAAAUUCUGCGUAAUCAUGGGGCAGCAGACGUUGAUCUACAGUUUCGUAGCGAGGGGGACGAUGAUUUUGGCGGAGUACACUGAAUUCAAGGGGAAUUUCACCACCAUUGCGUCGCAGUGUCUGGCGAAGCUGCCGGCUUCUAGUAACAAAUUCACCUACAAUUGCGACGGCCACACCUUCAAUUAUCUCGUCGAAAAUGGAUUCAGUAUGUACCUUUUGAUCUCAAUUUCUUAUUGUGUUGUUGCAGUAGAAUCAGCUGGCAGGCAAAUCCCGAUUGCGUUUCUGGAACGUGUUAAGGAGGAUUUCAACAAGAGAUACGGAGGCGGCAAAGCUGGAACUGCAGGCCCGAACGGUCUCAAAAAGGAAUUCGGCCCCAAACUGAAAGACCAAAUGCAGUACUGUGUCGAUCAUCCUGAAGAAAUUAGCAAAAUCGCUAAGGUGAAGGCUCAGGUUACUGAAGUAAAGGGUGUGAUGAUGGAAAACAUUGAAAAGGUUCUUGACCGAGGAGAGAAAAUUGAACUGCUUGUUGACAAAACUGAGAAUCUCCGAUCGCAGGCACAAGAUUUUAGAACACAAGGUACGAAGAUGAAGCGAAAAAUGUGGGUUCAGAACAUGAAGAUUAAGCUGGCUGUGUUUGGUAUUUUUGUAGCUUUGGGACUCGUCGUCUUUUUGUCCAUCUGUCACGGCUUCAAGUGUUGAUUAUAUAUUCCACAAAACCUGUUUUUUUUUCUCUUCCGUUUUCUUUGUUUUUUUUUGGGAGUUGUUGCCUUCGCUGUUUUAAAGUUACCGUUUUCUCGAGUUAGACAAAAUCGAAGAAAAAUGCGUUCAUUUUUUAAGUUUAUGUGCAACUUGAAUACAAAAUACCUGAUGUAUAGAUGAUAUAUAAGUUUUAGCAAUAGAUAACUUUUUGGAAUGCUAUUUGUUUACAUGCACUUUUGAUUUACUUUUGUGGUGUUUUUACUUCCUUUUCAUAUCACUUUCUCUCGUUCUGGCAUCUGCGUCUCUAGUAAAAAGGGGUCGCUAGUGAAUUUUUGGUUAGGGGUGUAAAGGAAUUGA